GUCUGUGACCAACAUAUUCCCACAUAAAAAGUCUGACAUUCAACAGUUUAAUAGGAGGAAAAUAGGGCAACUUAGUCACGAUUAUAAGCCGAGGGUGUACCAGGGCGUUCGUGUGAAGACCACGGUCAAAGAGCUGCUGCAGAGGCACAGAGCCCGGGAGGCCAACAGCAAAAAAGUGAGACAGAUUGGACCGAUAUCCCAGGGUUGCUUGGAUCUCCAGGAUCUUUGCGCGACCACUUUUGCAAACGUAAACCCGUCAGGUCGCUAUGUGCUCCCCCCUCCGUCCAUCACUCCAGCGGAUCAGAGCAGCUGUGGCGCGCGAGCUCUCCAGCUGCGAGCCGCCCAGUUCCAGGUACCUGACAGCUCGUGCAGCAUCCAGAUGCAGGGCGACGCAUUUAACGACAUCCAUCAGCAGGUUAGGGACAUGACGUAUCCCAGCAACUGCUACAGUGACAGCAGCAACACAAACAACAACGAUAACAACAACAACAACAACAACAACUGCAACAGCAUCGGUGGCGGCGGUUACAACACCUCCCUGCCUCCCUCUCACUCCCUCUCGCUGCAGUGGCAUUAUGGACUCUCCCCAGAAGGCGAAUAUUAUGGGCAUGAGUUGGCUCCCAGCUCCCCACCAGAGUCGAGGAAGCUCUGCAGCCCCGUGGAUCACAACAGCUACUCGCCGCAGGACUCUUUCUCCUCCUCCUCCUCCUCCUGCUACGACUCGCCCACCAGGAUGGAGUCCAGCCACCAUGGCUUCGCCUCAGAGCACUACCACUACCAGCACUGCAACCUCCAGAACUGUUACUGCCUGCCCCACUGUUGGCCAGGCCAGCAGGAGAGCUUCUCUGCCCCCGAAUACAUGCCUUACUACAACCCCACAGACUAUCCGUACCCCUGCACAGUGGAGGAGAACUAUUUCAUGAGGGAUAUGCAGAUCCCAGAGAUGUGCUACAACGUGCUAUGAUGAGAGCGUCUGCAGUAUUGUUUUGUCUUCCUGCUGUAAAUAUGAUUCAGUUUGUUUCAGUGUGCUCUUACUAGCUUGUGAUGUGAUGGAGUGAAUAUGAUGAAUGCUGAAUAGAUGGAAAGGGUGAUAUUUUUGUAUCAAAUAUUGUUUUUUACUACACUUAGAUU